AAAAAAAAAAAGCAUGCGCUCAGCUCACUUUAAUUUAAGAUUUUGUUUUCAAUCAAAUGAUACGGUAACGGUUGAAUUACUGUUUACACAGCUGGGUAUACACAGCACACAUUAACAAUAUGUUUUUCUUUUUUAUACAAUAGUAUUUUAUUGUAACUGUACAAGUGGAGGACGGGUUAUGGAGCGACACAGGAGGAAGCUACUUUUCAGUCUCGGAAGAUUUGAAACAGCUACGAUUUUAUUUACAAACGAAGAUCAUCAAAACAUCAGCUGUAAAGUCUUCUUAUAACGUGCAUUUGGAACAGGGAGAAAUAUGGCCGAUAAACCUUUGAGAGUAUUGGCGUGUGGUGAUAUUGAGGGAAGAAUCAACAUGUUAUACAACAGAGUGAGGGCUAUCCAGAAAAAAAGCGGGCAAUUCGAUUUGUUGCUGUGUGUGGGAGACUUCUUUGGUGUGACAUCAGAAGCAGAGGCUGAAUGGGAAGAAUACAAAACAGGAACUAAAAAAGCUCCCAUACAAACGUACAUCCUUGGGGCUGCGGAUCAAGACACAGUGAAGUGCUUCCCAAGUGCGGAUGGCUGCGAGCUGGCAGAAAAUAUUACUUAUUUAGGACGCAAGGGGGUUUUCACGGGGGCGUCGGGGCUGCAGAUUGCCUAUCUCAGUGGCAAGGAGGCUCAGCGGGAGCCGGCCCCAGCUUACUGCUUCUCUCCCAAGGACGUGGACUCGCUGACAGCCCCUCUGGUGUCCAGCUCCAAGUUCAGAGGGGUCGACAUCUUGCUGACAUCACAGUGGCCCAGGGGAGUGUGGCAGUAUGGGAAUAAUCCGGACGUGGAUACAAGGUCCUGCGGUACUUCCUCUGUGGCACACCUUGCGGAGCAGCUCAAGCCGAGGUACCACUUUGCUGCUCUGGAGGGAACGUACUAUGAAAGACUGCCUUACAGGAACCACAUGGUGCUCCAGGAAAGUGCCCAGCAUGUCAGCAGGUUCAUCGCACUGGCCAACAUCAACAACACCAGCAAGAAAAAGUACUUGUAUGCUUUCAGUAUUGUCCCAAUGAAAUGCAUGGACGCUGCAGAGCUGGUGAAACAACCACAAGAUGUGACUGAAAACCCAUAUAGAGCACCAGUGAAAGAGACGCGGAGAGAAAGAGAGAGAGCCAAACCCAGCCCAAUGCUAGAGGAUGAAGCAGCUCCCCAGUUUUUCUUUGAUAUGAGCAGCAAGCAGCAGGGCAGGAAGAGACACUCCGAGGGGGGAGGGCACUCCCAGCACAAACAGCCAAGGAAACCGCCCCAGCCUACAGGGCCAUGUUGGUUCUGUCUUGCCAGCCCCGAAGUGGAAAAGCACUUGGUUGUCAGUAUUGGGACACAUUGUUACCUGGCCCUGGCGAAGGGCAGCCUGACACCCGACCAUGUGCUGAUCCUUCCCAUCGGACACUACCAGUCUGUGGUGGAGCUCUCCAGCGAGGUGGUGGAGGAGGUGGAGAAGUACAAAGCAGCCGUCAAGAAGUUCUUCAAGAGCCAAGGCAGCCGUUGCGUCAUCUUCGAGAGGAACUACCGGAGCCAGCACUUGCAGCUCCAGGUGGCUCCUGUCCCGGCACAGUGCUGCACCACUGAAGACAUCAAAGAGGCGUUCACUGUCCAAGCCCAGGAGCAACAGAUAGAGCUGCUAGAAAUCCCUGAGCACAGCGACCUCAAACAAAUCGCUCAGCCAGGCACUCCCUAUUUCUACGUGGAGUUAGAUACGGGGGAAAAGCUCUUUCACAGAAUCAAGAAGAACUUCCCUCUGCAGUUUGGAAGGGAAGUUCUAGCGAGCGAGGCUGUCCUGAACAUCCCCACCCGCGCAGACUGGAGGGAGUGCAAAUACACCCGCAGUGAGGAGGAGUCGCUGGCCAAGGAGUUCAGAAAGAGAUACGAGCCGUACGAUUUCUCGCUGCUGGAAUAGGACAGGCUCCCGAGCAGUGCUGCACCAACCCACUGUUCACAUGGAGCUCUCCGCAGGAAUCAGGUGCUCGCAAUCAGGAGAGGGUUGCUGGUGUCUAUUGGGCUGAUUCACCAUCCAGAGUGAAACGGGUGAAGAAACAGCUGCUGGGGUUUGUGAUGAUGAUCGCUGCUUUUCUUACUCUGUGGAGAACAGCAAUCCACACAAACCCAAGUAGCUGUUUUUUACUUGUUUCACUCGGAAUAGUAAAUUAGCCAGAUUUAACACCAGCGAUGCUCACCUGUGGAGAGCUUAGCCCAGUAAUGGAUUUGUGCAGCUCUAUUCUGAAGUAAAGAUAGAGAAACACUGGCGUACUCGGGAUAGCAAACUUGUGUCUGUUCUUGUUAGGAACCAUACUGAACACUGUAUUUCAUUUAUGAUAAAACUAUUAAGAAAUGAAAGAAGACAAAGGCUUAGACUGGUACCUCCAGUGUUUAUUUAAAACCAAUCCAUUGCAUUCCAUCGCCUUCUCCUCCUGUUUUAUGCAUAGGGUUACUACAUGACCCAAUGCACACUAGGACUGUUCAGGCAUUGAAACUCGCAAUGCAUUCUGGUACAUUUGACCUGUCUCAGGCACCCUUCACAGCAGGACUACACUUAUCAGAAUGAAAUAUCAUUCAAAUCCUCUUUGUGAUUCAUAGGUAAAACUUAUAUAAUAAUAAAUGAUAAGAAAGCAAGUUGCAAUGAAGCCCAGAUGUUUGGCUGCUAGAACACUGCCAAGACACAUACUUUUAACCAAGUGAAACGCAACACUGAUGAAGGUCAUCCAGAAUUUUUGCCUAGAUUUGACUAGAGCUGUAUUACACAAACCACAAUGCAGUGUGUUGAGCAUUGUGAAAAAAAACGUGUUUAAAAUACAUGCAGGAACGAAAGAAAAUCAAAAUGUAGUGGUGGUUUGUGGUCUGCAGCAUUGUGCUUGGAAACUGGGCCUGCCCUGUUCAAACACACAAGAGAAGCGGCUGUGUUAUCCAGAGAGGGCAUCUUCAGUGUGCUUUUAUUAGUGUUAAAGACAGGUUUCCUUGCCAAGCUUCAGGCACAAUGUCACAGAAGACAGCUGGAGACACACAUCAAAUAAUAAUGUAUGAAAGGUGUAUUGCCAGCUCUCAGCUGACAUAAAAAUGUGUCGACUUAUGGUUUGUUUUUUUCAAAGCAGUCAGGACAGGUCUGUUAUUGGUUACUGACAGUCGCUGACUUUCUUUUUAGUGUUUUUAUAUUUUCAAAGAAAGGCACAAGUUUGCUUUUGAAGGUUUCUUUGUUUUAAACUGAACUAAAAACAUUGGGUGAUCUUUUUAAAGGAUGUGUUCCGAGUACAAAAUAAACAUCAAAUAGCGCUUGUUUCAUGCAGAAGUAUUUUUCGACUUUCAUUCAAUUGGUUUCUGUUAUUUUGUUUUUAAAUCAAAAUUUCCAGUAAUUCAAUCAAGCACAAAUGAAGAGUAACAGACUAUGAUACAGAGAUACUGCGAAUUGAUCAGGCAAUCGGAAGACAGUUUUACUGAAUACUUUGGCAUGAAACCAGCACUAACACGUUGGAUUAUUUUAAUAGGAAUUCAUCCUUUUACCAGAAAUUGUGAAUUAUAAAGGCGUGAUACGUUCUGUAUGUUCAGUAAGGUAAUAAAUAACUGUUUUUAAUGGG